AGCGUGCUGCGGCCGCGGGCAGCGGAGCGGGGAGGCCGGCGCCCGGCGUUCGGCCUCUUCGCCUCGUCCUGCCCUUCCAGGCGCAUGGAAGUAAAGUUUUCCGAGUAAAAGGAAGCACUUGCAGCCUCUGGCUUGCAGGGUUGUUUGUUUUUGUGCCUUGUUGGGAAUCGCCGAGUGGGAAGUGCUGAUACGUGGAUUAGGCUGACUUUACGGACUUUUGUUUGCUACCGUGCUGCCUCUGUAUCUCCAUUUUAAACACAGGACAACCUUGUAAAUAUAUGAGGAAGUGUAAAAAAAGGCAAAGUUUCUUUUUCUGGGCAAGGAAGUGAGGUAUCAAUAGUGUUUUCAUUAACCUCGGGUGACUGGUAAAUACAGGAAUGGAGGGGAAAAAACUGAUUUCUGCAACGGACACACAGUAUUCCAGCGCACUGCUCCAGUCUCUGAAUGAACAACGUGGCCAUGGACUUUUCUGUGACGUUACUGUCAUCGUGGAGGACCGGAAAUUUCGAGCCCACAGAAACAUCCUUUCGGCUUCAAGCACGUAUUUUCACCAGCUUUUCUCAAUGGCUGGGCAAGUGGUUGAACUGAGCUUUGUGAGAGCAGAAAUUUUUGCAGAAAUUCUUAACUAUAUCUAUAGUUCCAAAAUAAAGAGCGUUCGAUCCGAUUUGCUGGAUGAACUGAUUAAAUCAGGGCAACAGCUGGGUGUUAAAUUCAUAGCUGACUUGGGCGUGCCUCUGACCGAGGAAGGAAAAAACAUGCCAAGCGAGGACAAAGGUGGUGCUGCCUCAGAAACUUCAGCUUCCAGCCCAAGUCAAAAGGAUGCUGAAACACAAGUACCUGUGAUAAGGCCAGAGAGUCAAGAGGUAACGGACGGGAUGCCUGUUAUAACACAGUCAUUCUCCUUACAUGGCAUAGAAUAUGAGACCACUAAAAUCACAGUGAGUGAUUCGGAUGAUGAUGACGAUGAUGUCAUUUUUUGCUCCGAGAUUGUUCCUCCAAAAGAAUGUACUAAAGAUGCAAAUGCUGCAGCUCAGAAACAGCCUUGCCCAAGUCCAGCUGGAGUUUCUGACCAAAAAUCAUGUGGCAGUGGUGGCUCUCCCCAUUUGACGAGCACCACAGCAGCUCAAAAACUCACUUCACCUGCCAGUCAGCUAAGCCCAAACCAAACACAGUCAAGCGCCGAAUCGCUUGUCUCCACAAUGCCGCAGCACCUGACUCCCAGUAUCAUCGUGCUAAACAAGCCUCAACUGAACGCCUCUCUCAACGCCAGCUCCUCGCACCAAGCACACGUGACCCCUACAAUUGACUUACUUGAGGACAACCAGCAGCCGUCUAAGAAUGGCUCGUUAACUGAAGGGGAAACAACUGCUGUUGACGUUGAAGAGGUGGUUGAAGAUGAUGUCGAUAUUAUCAGCUCCUCCAGUCCUGGCUCGGUCAGCAGCAGCUCUUUGGCUCAGCAACCUUCUACACCCAAGGCAGCAAGCACGGAAGGAUCGGGUGUACAGAAGAAGCAGGUUGUUACGUUUGCUCAGGAGCCAUUUGCUAAACCUGGAGAAUUUAAAAUAAAAAUCUCAGAUGUCCUGACUGGAAAGAACAAGGAGUUAAGUUCAGGUGUAGCAUCAAAGAACGUGGCAGAAGGGCAGAAAAUCAUAACGUUAGAUACAGCCACCGAGAUAGAAGGCCUGUCCACGGGCUGUAAGGUGUAUGCCAACAUCGGUGAGGAUACGUACGACAUAGUCAUUCCUGUGAAGGGCGGCUCCGAGGACGGCGACGCCAAACCCGACGAGAGGCCGAGAACGUCCGACGGGGACUCUCCGAACAAGAAACGCAUGAAGGUGAAGCACGACGACCAUUACGAGCUCAUAGUGGACGGAAGAGUCUACUACAUUUGCAUCGUGUGCAAGCGAUCGUACGCCUGCCUGACGAGCCUGCGGAGGCACUUCAACGUCCACUCCUGGGAGAAGAAGUACCCGUGUCGGUACUGCGACAAAGUCUUCGCUCUGGCAGAGUACCGUACGAAGCACGAGAUCCACCACACCGGCGAGCGCAGGUACCAGUGCCUGACCUGUGGCAAGUCUUUCAUCAACUACCAAAUUACGGCCUCCCACAUCAGAUCGGUUCAUAGCCAAGACCCUUCUGGAGACACCAAGCUUUACCGCCUGCACCCUUGCCGGUCCUUGCAGAUCAGGCAGUACGCGUACAUCACGGAUCGCUCCAGCAGCAUACCCGUGAUAAACGAGGGGGGAAUUGUCUAUCGCGUUGGCACGGGGAAGGAUGGCGCUGAAGGAACAACGUCUAACCCUCCAGCCAAACAAAUUACCUGGGAUGACAUUUUCAUCCCGCAGGGAAACGAGGCAAUUUUUAAACAAAACCCAUCAGAGGGAAGUACUGAGUUUGAGUUUGUAAUACCGGAAUCCUACUGAAAUGCAAUCAAUGUUGGUGAGAGGAUUCCCUGCAGAAAUAUCAGAGCUGGUUUAAAUUGACUGUUACAGUCGGCUGUAAAAUCAAAUGUUAAAACAAGUUAACUCGUUCUACCAAGUCAUCCUGUGGUAGCAUUUGGAUCAUUAGUAGCUGCAAGUGAUUUGUGGAAGCGAUUCAUCUGAAAGUUUACUUGAACAGAGAGCAAGAUACUUCCCAGGAGCUGGCAGUGUUUUCUGGAAUGUUGAUUGUGAUCAAAACCUGGGGGUUGUAGCUUGAAAAGGUACAAUUUCUCCUAAAGAACUAGAAAUCUUUCUUCUGAAGUAACUGAGGUAUUUCCUGUACCCAACACUUACUAUGUAAACUCUUUGUUUCAUGUUAGCACUUUAAUGCUGAAUUCUGUUUCCAUGUUAACCCAGAAAACAGGAACAUUUGCCAUUGUUGUCUCUUGAAUGUGGAACCAUUUUUUUUCAAAGAUAAAUCCCACAGCUCAUAUUUAUUUUUGUGAACAAUGCAUUACUGCAAGGGUCCAAAACAGCUCAGCCAGUAGUUUGGAGUAGGGUGUUCACGAACUAGCAUCUUAGUUCUGCUUUUACAAGCACUAUGAAUUAUCUGUCUUGAUGCAAAUAGUCUUUGCCAACAGGAGGGACUCAGGGCUAAAUUGAACAAACUUUGUUGAUACUUGGCAGUAUGGUGAGCAGAGUGUUCAGUGUCUGGACCACUAUAUUCUUUUUGCAAUGGCUAAAAAAAAAAACCUCCCUCAAACCCACAAAGCUCAAUAGUGAAGAAACAUAGAACACUUAUGAAAGAGACAAUAAGAGACAACUUGCCUUUUCAAAGCUUUGAGGAAUAAUGUUAGGUUUUCUUACUACUGGUAUUUUCUUUUAAAACAUAGCACUUGCAACAAAAGUAAUAUUUUCUUUUUAGAUGAAGGCUUUUCAAUUUGCUUCUCAAAACUAUGAAAUGAUCUCAGUGCUGUAGUGGUGUAGCACUGACACUGCCGAGAAUCUUGGAUGCCUCUUUGGCUAGAUCAUUUUUCUUCCCCACUUACAGGGUGUGGAAGCACAAGGACUAAACCGACAAUGUGAGAAUACUCUCCUGUCCACCAUAAUGCAAAGUAUCACAUCUCUGCAGUUGUCUAAUUGUCAUAUAUUUUCAGUUUGGGGGUUAUCAUAUUGUCUUUUUAUUUUUCUCUGUGCAAUUGGUACACGUUUAGGCACUCUGAAGAUAAAAUAGACGUGGGACUUCAACAGGAAACAGCAGAUCUGAGAGAAAACAAACAGCUGUUUCCUGGAGUCAUAGUUUAGUGUUUCAGAUUUAGUGACUUGUUGAAUUUUUGUAAAUGGUAAUAUGAAAACUGCUCAAAUUCUAGAGGUGACUGAGAAAGAUGGUUGUGCAUAGUACUAGUUAGUUGUAACCUUUCAUUGCUUAAACUACAACUAUAAAGAUUUUUCUUUUUCAUGUUUAA